CAUAGUUUAUUUUUGGACAAAAAUUUGGUUAAUUGUCAAACUAGGAAAUUAGCGUCAUUACGUUGCAGAGAAUAAUCGUCCGGUGUGUCUGGAAGGAAACAAUCUAUCCAAUACAUACAGAACGCGGCGGCAGUCUUAAAGAAAACAUGUUUACUGCUCAUUUAACGUCAGGUUGGCUUAUUGUGAUAAGGAUCAAACUACUCUCAGACAUAAUACUUCUUCGAAAAGUCUAAAUUACACGUGUAGAUGCGCAUUCAGUGAUGUGCGUGAUUUGUAUUCGGCUCACUAUAGAAGAUUGAUCACAGCUCCGCGACACACCUCUUUCUGACAGUCCUGUGAGGCGACGGAUCCCUUCAUGUCUGAGUGUGUCCAGUUCCUGUAACAAACAUCACUGACCUGUGGUCAUGGCGGAUUAUAACAGGACCGAGGAAGCGUUUCAUGACAACUUCACUAAUUACUCAUACGAGGAUUAUUAUAUCUAUCCGACUAUCCAACAGCCUAUGUAUAUGGUUGCCAUAUUAUCACUAAUGUUCGGGUUGAUCUUUGUGCUGUCCCUAGUAGGUAACUGUCUCGUGAUAGCCGUCGUGUUCAGAAACAAAGGAAUGAGGAACAUCACUAACUACUUCAUUGUCAAUUUGGCCACUGCUGACAUUUUGGUGGCUAUCUUCUGUGUUCCCAUGACUUUGCUUGACAACAUCUACACAGGAUGGCCAUUUGGUUCGGUCCUGUGCAAGACCACGCCCUUCAUCCAACAUGUGUCUGUCUGCGCGUCUGUCAACACUUUGGCUGUUAUUGCCGUGGAUAGAUAUAUGGCAAUUUGCAACACGUGGCGGCGGAAAUUGUUUACGACCUUCACCUCUCGUGUCGCCCUUGUUAUGAUCUGGGCGGUGGCAUCCAUUGUACAACUUCCAGUGUUCAUCUAUUAUGAGGAAUUCAUAGGUGAUCCGCCCUACGCCAUUAAGAUGUGCGGUACACACUGGCCGACCUAUGACCUUCAGAGAGGUUAUUUUGUCAUCGCACUGUUUCUGUUCUGUUACGCCCUCCCACUCGUGCUAAUUCUGGUGUGCUACAUGAUGAUCACCAUCCGAGUUUGGAACAGACAUGCGCCUGGUCACUCGGCUAAUAGUUCCGGUGUGAUACAAAAAUCUAAAAUCAAAGUGGUGAAAAUGUUUGCCAUGGUUGUGACCUUAUUUACUCUUUCGUGGCUGCCACAGUACGUCAUGCGGUUUGUGUUUUAUUACUCACCAAAUCUGACACAUGAAAUCGUGGUCACUCUGUCAAAAUAUGUUAUCCCGACUCUGCAGUGGCUCGGCUUGUCUAACAGUUGUAUUAAUCCCCUCAUCUAUUGUCUUUUCAACAAAAAGUACAGAAGGGGAUUUAAAACCUUGCUGCGUUGCUAUCGUUAUAGAGACGCUUCCCAUCAAGUUCUGAAACACCAAUCGACGAUAAAUAAGUCAAUGACAGCCGACACCUUUAGUAGAGGUACGGCUUUAACCGAUUCGACAAGAAGGCCAACGCGAGUUUACUCUCCUGCCAAAUUCAUGUCAGUCGAAUAUUCGAAUGGUCACAUGACUGUUUCCUUUAGAAAGGAAGAUGACGAUACAUCCACAUCCGGUAGCUGACUAUUGUCACUGAGCAAGGCGGCUGAGAAGGAUAUAGUGAUAAAGGUAAACUGACAGAUUGUACAAAAGCAUUGUUAUCCUUUUAAAAGAAAUUCAUUUUAUGAUAUUUAUUAAGUGCUAAAUGAUUAUUGUAUAUUUUUGACUAUUGUACAUGUUUAACAUUUGCUUCCGUUUGUUUGGAUAUGUACAUGUUAAUGAAUAAACAGGUUCCAA